AUGAGCCGAAAGACAUAUCUACCAGAACUUCCAGAUCUCGACUCAGCAGCAGAUCUCGCUUAUGUUGAUCUUGACACCAACACACUCCCCAUUGACAAUCACCCUUUUAAUCAUCAAGUAGCUAUAUUCCUUCCAGCGUGUUCUCUUGAAAGAGCACAAGCUCAUCUAAAUCAAGAUCUCGGCUGGUUUUAUCAAAUUGAUAUUAAACUAUCUACUUUACUCGACCCUACUUUCAUGAAAACGUAUGUUCAGUCUGGCCAUAAGAGUUUAGUAUUGCAUAGUGUGGAUACUCAUCUGGACUCAGACGAUGUGAUUGUUUUGGAUCUCAAUGGUACACUUGUCAUGAACCUUACAAAAUCAACCCAUGAAAUGUUUGGUAUUCAGGCCAGGAAACAAACAAGAGCUGAUAUGAAACGCCAACGAUAUGUUGUCAGGAUUGAUCUUGGGGAUCCAAAGCUAGUUCCUGGUACUAAAAUGUAUGAAAGAUUAUUGUGGUGUUUGGAAAGUACCUUCACAAACCCAAUCAAAAUGCUCGCAGCUUCAGUGGACAAAGUGACAGGAUCUGCAUUGGAUAUUGAAUGGCCUGCAGGUGUAUCUUACAGAAGAUUGGAAAAUAGUGCUCAUAUUGAGGAUAUAUCUGGGAUCACUAUCCCUUCUUUUGAUAAUUUACGACCUGCAGCAUGUACAUCUGAGAAAAUGUGGGAGCAAAAGUCCAUUGAUGCAGUUGAAUGGCUUGGCCUUGUGCACUUGAAAGCAAAAAGACUGUCUAGCAAUGACAAACCAGACCCGUUUGUGUCUACCUAUAGGGCACCUGUACCUAAUGCAGCACAUCAACAUGGUGUUCUUGUUACCUGGAAAGGGUUUAUUCUUCCGGCUCUUAUUAGCAGUAUACUCUCAGCACUAAGAAAGCUAAUGUCUGUCAAAGUAACUGAAAAUUGGACUUCCCUGACCGUUUGGGGUUUCCAUGAUUCGCCGUUCGGAUGGGAUAAUAUGCAGCACUACUAUUUUGUGGGGGGUGAAAAUGAUUAUACCCUUCUUUUAUUGCCGAAAACAGAUGAAGAGAGUAGCCAAAAGAUGGCUAUUAGCUAUAAGAUGUAUGGCAGCCAUCAUGUUAUCCAGUAA